AUGGCCACCUAUAUACUUAUCUUCUCUUCGGCUUUCGUCUUUGGUGGUUUCAUCGGCCCUAGCGUCUGGCUAGCGUCUACGGAAAUACACAGCGUGCGGCUCCGAACGUAUGGUCAAGCAAACACGACAUUCUUCUAUGAAAUAUUCUCUUUUGGGGUCCAAUUUUGGACACUAUAUAUGCUCAAUGUGCACAACGGGAAUAUGGGAGUCAAUGUUGGCUACUUCUACUUCGGAUUGACCGUUGCUGUGUUGAUUCUCACGUUCCUGUUCGUACCAGAAACAGCACGUCUGACACUUGAGCAGAUUGAUGACUUCUUCCUUUCUGGCAGUAAGGCCUGGAAGACAUCGACUAAGAAAAAUAUUGCCUUUGCUCGUGGUGAUCUCUCGGAUUCGCCGAAUUCCACCCAGGAAACAUUUGUACUGGCGAAAGAAGUGAUUUUAACUAGUGGCGAGGAGAUCGGGGAUAUGACUUAG